AUGAAUUCGGGAGACCUCCACGUCUUCGAUCUGUUGGCUCAAGUCGACGUGCGUCGCCAAAAUUAUUGGCUCAGUCUUCCGGUACGGCUCGGUCCUACAUGGUCGCAAUACCCGGCCGGCGCCUACAUCAUAGAAGAUAUUCGAAUCCAACAUCCUCUCGAGUUCCGGACAGCGCAUCUCGACGGCUAUGCAGCCGGCCGUUCACCGUUUACGGAGUAUCAGCCCCCUCCAAUCAUCGCGCACCCCCAGCAAAUUGCAGGAGUUCAAGACCCACGAUUAUUCGUGGUCUGUGAUUUGGCGACGGCUGAAGCGAAUCUACGGGUACAAGUGGCCGCUAAUCGUCACUAUUUUCCGAGCUUACGGCGGCCCCAAUUCCUGAACAACGUGGAGACGCGCGCUCCUGACGGUGAAAUCGACCAAGCCUUUCUUGAAUUUCAGCGCUGGGACAUGGAGGACCAGCCUCCGCCACUUCCAUUUGCAAUUCCCAACAGCAGCCAGAACCUCGAACACCAUCUUGGACAAGAUGGACAUUCCCGUUACUGGCAGCCGCGAAAUGGACGUCGCCCAUUUGGAUACAAUUUCCAAAAUAAUGGGGCCCAGGAGGGUCAAUGUGCCGAAGAGAGUUUCAAGGAAAAGAUGGUCGAGCAACUGAAGGCGAUGGACAUGGUGGCACAGGUCGAGCCGAGCCGCGUCCCGGCCGCACUCAUCCUCGGACAAUAUCACGACUAUUACAAACAGUACACGUCCGACGAGCUGAAUCGGCUUCCACUGGGCUCGAUCCUGGACGGGGAUCACUUCUCUCCGAUGCCACGUGAACAGAGCCCGCCUCCAAUCUCGGUCCAGAUGAAAAGCCUCCGCAACGAGGAUUUCCGGAAGCUUCCCGACACUCCUGCGGACCCGAAUCACUUCGUCGGUACUGCAAAAGCUCAAAAGCCCGCCCCGAAUCCUGAACAAAAGAAGGCAAAGCCGUACUAUCACCCUCAAGCCAAGCCAAAGCCGAAGGAGGAGCCGGCGCCCGGCGAGGAGGAUGACGCCCAUUUCGUGGACGGGGAUCACUUCUCUCCGAUGCCACGUGAACAGAGCCCGCCUCCAAUCUCCGUCCAGUACUAUCGCCCUCACGCCAAGCCGAAGCCGAAGGACGAGCCCGCGCCCGGCGAUGAGGAUGACGCCCAUUUGAAGGAGAUUCUGGGCAAAUACCGUGACCGCGCAGCCGAACGCCGCCGGAAUGAGGAUGCGGGGGGCAUCGAAGAGGACACCGGCUACGGCUACCAUGCGGUGCCAAGUGACAAGCGCGACGCCAGAGAACAAGCCCGAGAGCGCUACCGCACCAUCCAAGAAUCGAAAUACCUGGGCGGCGAUCUGGAGCACACGCAUCUCGUGAAAAGACUUGACUAUUCGCUGUUGAAAAAGGCUCGAUGUGAAAUGGCGACGAAGGAGGCUGCAGCUGUAGAGGAUCCACCCGCCCUCGAGGAAGCGCCGGUUGUCGAGGAGAAGAGCAAGAAUCGCAUGGUGCUGGCGCUGAAUCAGCUUCUUUUUGAGGACACAACUCCGAAAACCAACCCCUACUUUGCCAAGCAGCUCCUCACCUACAUGGUCGAAAUCGACGCCGACAAUGACGCGCUCCCCACGCCUGUUUUCAAAUCCGUCACCGAGGCCCGGGUGAUGAACAUGAAUCGAAACGCCGAGGCUGACAUGACGCUCAUCGACAAGAUGAGCCAACUCCUGAAUGACGCGCGCGCCGCCGCUGUUGAGAAGCCGAAGAAGAGGCAGUCAAAUGGACCCUCGCUCAGCGAAGAGCAGCUGGCCACCAAAAAUGAGGACAUUUUCGAGGGCGUCGGCGAGUACAAGCCAAUCGUUGUCCCGGCUGCUGAGGAGAAGGGAAGAAAAUCAGCUCCAAAAUCGCGGGAGGCUGAAGAUGCUUUUCACAUUUGCCAAUUCGCCCUUUGGUGCUAUAUACUCUUUUUCUGUGGCAAUGUGCUGCUCAAAAAGGACCCGAAAGAGCUGGAGGCGCUGCGACAGAUGGCGAUCACGAGCGCCAGUCAGUGGAAUCACGAACUGGUGGAAACGAGAAAGUGCGAGCGCAAGACGUAUUGGGAUCUGCAAGCCGGGGUGAUCCAAUCGGAUAUUGGUGCGUCGAAGCUUGUCUCGCCGGGCCCCACAAAGCCGAGCAGCUUCCCGGCCGCACUCAUCCCCGGCCAAUACCACGACUAUUACAAACAGUACACGCCCGACGAGCUGAAUCGGCUUCCACUGGGCUCGAUCCUGGACGGGGAUCACUUCUCUCCGAUGCCACGUGAACAGAGCCCGCCUCCAAUCACUGUCCAGGACAAUGAGCUGAAAAGUCCAGUCGCAGAUGCGCUCAGCCCUACACCGCAACGAGAUAUCAAGCCGGUUGUGAAAACGGACAUGCCGACGCCCAAGCAAAAUCAGCUGAAAAAGACGAAAUGCACUCACUGCCUUCUUCCGCCCAAGCCCGAGUUGACGAUGUUGCGUUGCGCAGCGUGCCUGGUGACGCUGCACGCGGAAUGCGUCGACAUGGACGAGGUGAUGACGCAGCGCGUGCUCGAGUAUGCGUGGUAUUGUCUGGAGUGCAAGCGGUGCACAAUGUGCCUGAAGCAGGACAACGAGGACGACCUGAUCAUCUGCGACCGCUGCGACCGCGGCUACCACACGUAUUGCGUCGGCGUCGACAAGCUCCCCACUGGCACCUGGUUGUGCACCGAGUACUGUGCUGUCGUGAAAGCUGAAGCCGCCGUCGAAACUACAUCUUCCGGACGCCCACGCAGAAGCACCCGAAAAUCGAUCCUU